ACAAGAAAUCUUUAAUCUUUUCCUCAGUUUCUUCUUAUGGGAUCAACAAGAACUAGUCUACCUUCUUUCUUGAUAUUCGAAAGAUCUGGUUUUUACUUCUUCAAACUUCUAAAGUUUCUUCCUUUUUUUUCCGUUAAAAAUUGGAUCUUUUCUUCAGCUAAAACCCUGAAGAUUCUUGGGAAGAAUUUGUCGUCUCUAUCUCUUCUUGUUUCUUUCUCGGACCAAAUGAGUGCGUCGAUUUUACUCGGGAAGUUAAACGGCGAUGAAUCAUCUACGGUGACCACCGAGGAAGACGAAGAAGCUGUGUUUUCCGGUGAAGAGUGGUCUGGAGAGAAUCUUUAUUGUUUUUACUUCGUGAAGCAAUUCGCUUACGACGACCCUGAGAUUAAGGCCAAGAUUGAUGAGGCUGAUAAUGAGAUUUAUCAUUGUAACACUAACCGGAUUCACAUUGCUAACAGAUUGAAAUCCAAAAGGGCUGAGAGAUUGUCUCUGGUUGCUUCAAUGGAGAAUUUGAUUUCAUCACUUUAUGAAUACAAUGCUGUAGGGAAGGAUCAAGAAGUGGUUACAAAGAGAAUUUACAGCUUGAGUGAAAGAUUAAGUGAGAUUAAGAUGGAGAUUGAGUUGUUGGAUGUUCAAAUGGCUUGUGUACUUGAUCAAAGAGACAAAGCCGUCGAAAGGAUUAAGUUCUUGAGGAUACAACGAGACAAAGGGAAUGCUGCAUUUUACCGGAGUCGUGUUGUCAUGAAGAAAGCUAUAGAAUUGGCUGCUUCUGGAAAUGUUAGAGAUCUUGAAGAGCUUGCUGAUUUUGAGGUUGAAAAAUUUAUGUCUCGUUGGAACAAUGACAAGGCUUUUAGGGAAGAUUACAAGAAAAGAAUCUUGCCUUCACUUAAUGAGCGAAAGCUGAGGCGCGAUGUGCAGAUUAGGGACCUAGAAGGCAAUGUAGAUACUGAGAAUGGAAAUGAAACAGUCGAGAAAAAGGCAAUAGAAUUCAAGAGGUUUAGUACUGAGGAGGAGAGUGAUGAUGUUAUGGAUUUUGAUAUACCGGUGUAUGAAAAGCUUGGAAAGGAGGAAGAUGAGAUUGAUGAAGAAACUUUGAAGGAGAAGAAACGGGAAGAGCAGUUAGAGAAAGCUCGACUAGCGAUGGAAAGGAAGAGGAAACUACAUGAGAAAGCUGCUGCUAAAGCUGUCAUAAGAGUUAAGAAGGAAGCUGAGAAGAAACUUAAAGAGCUUGAGAAGAGAGCGAAGAAGAAGAAGAAGGCUGCAUUUAACUCUUCUUCUAUGAAUAUAGACAGAACAACUGAGACAGUCACCGAGGCAUCAGAACCAGAAAAGGAGAAGCUAUUAAAUGGGAGAUCAGUGUUUCCAAAACAGAGAAGUUUUUGUUAUAGACAUCACGGAAAAGGAAAUGACGCUGUCCUCAAAGCCAUCAUAAAGCGUAGAAAGGCUUAUAGGUUAUGGGUUUGGACUGUUUCCUCCUCUGCAAUUGUUCUCUCACUCACUCUCCUCGUUGUCUUCUUAUACGUUCGAUGAGAGGAAGAUGAAACAGUAAAAGGUUUCUUUGACUUUUGGAGAGUUAAGUGAUGAGCAAGCAGCUUCAAGGUAUAAAGUUAGUUUAGAAGCAAAUGACAUUGGCAAAUAAUGUCAUAGUCGAGAUGGAGUAGACUGAACAGUCGUAUUUGGUGUCGUAUAUUUCAGAGUAGCAGAGACAUUCACCUCCAUGGUGAGAUAUGUUUGACAUUACAGAGCUGAUUCGGUCGAACAUCAUGACCUGGAGAAGCUCUUGCACAAGGAUAAGGUUAAGAUGUUUGACCAGAUCAACUUUGGGACCUCGAACAUGUCUACAUGGACGCAAACACAGUCACUUAGUAGUUUUUAUAUGUUUGAUCUCUGAGUUGAGUCGUAGGAACCAAAAAGCAUCCUCUUAGUCUUGUGUAGUAGCUUCAGAAUGUGUGUACAUGGAAGAGAGACCUCAUGAAUUUUUUUACUAUUUUUACGUAAACAAAAUAAAACUACAAUUUUAUUACAGAAAAUCUUGGACAACAA